GAAAGCGCGGAUUAUGAUGAUAUAUAUAUUUGCGCCAGUGACCUCCCUUCCUACCCCCAUCGCCCUAGAGCAGGAGAAAUCUAACCUAGGCCAUCGGCCAUGUCCGUUUUUCGUCGUCUCAUCUCAUCAUCUCAUCUACUAUAUCCAUCUCUUAGUUUGCACUUCCCCCCGCCAUCUAUGACGCCCCCAUUCCCCUCCCUAUAUUCGGCCGUAAUAAAAGUUGUCAUUAAAAAUUUUGAUGUUGCAAAAAAAAGAAGCCACAACGCAAAUGCGCGCGCACGACCAGAAGUCGCGAUGAUGAAGAAAGAUGAAGAUGGAAGAAUAAAGAACCUAAGAAGCAAGAAUGAUGCUGGGGUGCAAGGCCAACUACAACACGAAACAACCAGCUUGCUACAACACGCCACGCACCGACGCACACGCCCGUCUUUACUGCUGACCAGCAAAACACCAAACACCCCUAUCCGCACAAAUGCAGCUCAACUUCAAGCAGUUACCUCUCCCUCUACCACUGCCGUAUCCGUAGGUGGACCACCAGGGGGAGCAUCCACCCCCAUCGCAACCCUCAUCCUCUCACUCUCCAGGCACGCUAAGCAUACUCCACCCCCAUAUACCCUCGUAUGCCUUCGCCAUCCCUCCCCAGUCACGAUUUCACCUACAACCUCGACCCCAGCGGCGGUCAUGCUGUAGGCACGCCUCUUUGGCUCUGUUGCUGGUGUGGCAGGAGCCACGGCGGCGGAAGUAGUAGGAGGGGUGCUGGGAUUCGAAGUAGCUUGGGGGUAGAUGCCGGCAGCGGCAGCGGAGGCAGCCAUAUCGGCAAUAGAGAACUCGGGGAUGGAGGACUGGUCUUCUUGCCAUGUAUAUGCAGGUCCAUCGAUGACGGCAGGGGCAGAGGUAGGUGGUGGAGGCGGAGGGGGUGUGACGUGCCUUUUCCCCUUGGAGGGGUCCUGGCUCUUGCUAGGCCAGUCUAAAGAGAUCGGCAUUUCCGUGUUGUGAAACGGAGGGUUCAUAUCUCGAUCCAGGUAUGCUUCUUUCGCCAGCUGUUCUGCUCUUAAUCGGUGCGCCUCAGCGUCGACGGGGUCAUCCCGAUACCCCUCCUCCCUCGAGCCAAUCCAGCCAGCCUUGUCGUCGCAAUCGCACUUGUCGUCGUUGGACGCUAGGUCAUCUGCUUGCGCCCUCCUUCGCAUCCUGAUCCUCGCUGCGCGAUAGAGCAGGUAACAGCCUCCAAGCACGAUCCACGUCGGGGGCCCGGCACUGAUGUACGCCGCAAGGCCCGCGGGCGCGUCGUCCUUGGAGGAGGCUGGGGCGUG